CUUCUGACUGCAUGUGGCAUGAUUUCGGAUACUUGCCCGAGUCUAGCGAGCUGCUGAUCACCCGUGAUAUGAAUAAUAAGCCUAUCCGCUAGGUUUUCCUCCCCGCAUUCGAUCAUUCCACCGGUCGGAAUGUGGACCACCUCACGACUAAGUACCCCACGGGGUUCAGUGUCCACAUGCUCACGGAGACAUCGUCCUAUCAGAAACGCCCGUCAUCCGUUGCUGGAUAUUCUUUACGAGAUCGUGGGGACAGGUCAAUUCCAUUACAGCUGUGUAUCACACCACCAACGAUGCAAAUCAUUUGGCGAGAAUCGGCGGAUACCGCCACUUACGAGGAUGCCCGUGUCGGCCGGGUGUUCAAUCAUCGCCGUCCUCAGCGCUUCCCAAUCGCAGUUGUGAAAGCGACUUGUCAGGAAGACAUUGUGGCCGCCGUCAAGUUGGCUGCAGAGAAGGACUGUCGCGUUGCUGUUCGUUCUGGAGGACACUCCUGGGCAGCAUGGAGUGUCCGCGAUAACUCGAUCCUCAUCGAUCUGGGCAACUACAAAAGCAUGGAAAUUGAUGCGCUCAAUAAAAUUGUUCGUGCCUCGCCGAGUAUGACUGGUCGGGAAUUGAACUCUGUCUUGGUCAAGGACCACCAGCUCAUGUUCCCGGGUGGCCAUUGUCCUGACGUUGGUCUGGGAGGCUUUUUGCUUCAGGGCGGAAUGGGAUGGAAUUGUCGCAACUGGGGCUGGGCAUGCGAGCGAGUCCAAGCCGUUGACGUUGUGACCGCCAAGGGAGAAUUGCUGCAUUGUGAUUCUGAGCAGAACCAGGAGCUCUACUGGGCAGCAAGGGGCGCCGGACCCGGCUUUCCUGGUGUCGUCACCAAAUUUCACCUUAGCUUGAAUCCCUACCCGAAGAAUGGCUUCCGAUCCUCUGGGUAUAUGUAUCCAAUUGAAAAGUUUCGGGAAGCUCUCAGUUGGGUGAUCUCUAUUUCACCAAAUUUCGACAACGAUACUGAAAUUGCUGCGGUCUCGCAGUAUCCCGACGGUAGCGACGAGAUUCGAUUGUUUAUUCUUUUUGUGACCAUGAAGGAUGAGGCCCACGAAGCGGAGAAAGCGCUUCGUGCUGCCCAUGAUACUCGGCCGGCGGGCUGUGUAGAGGAGUGGUUCUGCAAAGAGGACAGUCUGGAGGAGCAGUACAAAAAUCAAGGAAUGGCCAAUCCAGAAAAGCAUCGCUAUUGUGCAGAUAAUGCCUACAUUCACAAUGACGCUGAUGUUCCAGCAGUCCUGGAGGAAGCAUUCACAACACUGCCCCAUAAGAAGUCCUUCGCGCUGUGGUACGCGAUGAACCCUUGCAGUCGAAGGCAGCUUCCUGAUAUGGCUCUGAGCAUGCACUCGGACCAUUACUUCGCUCUCUAUACUGUAUGGGAAGAUGAGCACGACGACCCACGGUGCCAGGCCUGGGUGAAGGAUGUGAUGAAGAGAGUGGAGAGACACUCGGUUGGUGCUUACCUGGGCGAUUCGGACUUCCAGGUGCGCAAGACCAAGUUCUGGGCUGAUGACAACGCCCAGCGUCUGAUGGAGAUCCGCCGUAAAUGGGAUCCCCAGGGAAGAAUCUGCGGCUAUCUGGACGAGGGUGAUUUGUCCGGUACUCGUGGAUUGGACAACGCGCACCAGUGGAAGAUUUGAAGAUUUGACGAUGAUGAAACGAUUCAUGAAUGAAUGCAUGUAACCCUGUCUAGACAUGAGGAGGAAUCGAUAUUAUGGGCCUGUACAAUAGUCAUAGAAAGAGCGCGAAUUUAACCUUUAGG